GCAGGAUCCGCAGGUUGAGCUCUGUAUCGGCGGACUCCCGGCCCUGGGUGGAUGUGGAGGCUCUGGUGAAGAUCCGAACCAGGUUUAUUAUCACUGACCUGGGCCGCACGCAGCGUUUGUAUUCCGGCAGCAGUUCAGAGCAAGACGUGGAGAUUACCCCGUACUGCCUCAAUGCACCGUGUGAUGAAUUGACCCGUAGGGACGCUCUGGUUUCAGCUCGGAUUUGGAAUUCUGCACAGCCGGAAGUCUACCCGUGGUCAGCAGAAGUAACCGGAGUGAGGUGACUCAGACCCAGAUAGCUGUGAGGGAUGCAACACUCCAGUGGGAAGGCAGGGGAACUGCUGUGGAUACUGGCAGCCCUUCACUCUGUGACCCUGUGCAGAGCCACAGCAUCAGCCUCCGUGGACUCUGUCACCACCGUCCCUGUGGGUGGAUCGAUCAGGUUUCCCAUCCUCCACAGCAGUGAGGAGAAGUACGAGGUGACGCUUGGCCGAAUAUCUCCUGACAGUCUGAUGAUCUUGGCCUGGAAGUCGGAAAGCCCGGAGACUCCGUACGUGAUCCGCCCGUCCUACAGGCACCGGGUUCACUUCCAACAAGGAGACUUUAUCGAGCUGCGGGACGUGCAGCUGAGUGACCACGGGACGUACGAGGUGCAGACAAACUACGUUGGGAGUGAGCUGAGGAACCGGGACCGGGAGCAGUUUGAGCUGUGUGUGGGAGAGCUGGUGUCCAAGCCAGAGGUGCAGAUCACCGGGAACUCCUCACAUCUCACAUUGAACUGCUCAGCUGUCAGCAGCAGCUCCAUCACCUACCGGUGGGAGAGUCGGACAGACACUGGAGUUGGGAACUACACCUUCUAUGGAACCGUGCUGUACCUGCUGAAUGAUGGGCUGAAUGGCCACACCUACACCUGCAUUGCAGAAGAUCGCUGCAGUCUGCAAAGCAGCAACCCAGUCACUGCAAAUCUGCCUCGUGUCGACCGAGCCAUCGGGUCCAGGAGUUACUGGAUGAUCAUCCUCGUCCUCCCAGUGCUUGCUGUUCUGGGAAUCUUGGGGCUGUUACUAAGGAAAUUCCUACUGAGCCGGAAAGACAAGCAAAUGGUGGACCACCAUGGAGAGUGCAGAGUGCUGAACGCGGGGGCUGCAGGGAUGUCUGCUUCUGUGUGAAUUGGAACCAGGAGCGUGGGGGGCCCUGGUGUGUCUCAUUUCUGACUGUAUGAACUAUUGGGUAAAUCGAGGGUUGUUGGCACCCCUCCAUCAGCAGGACCCGAUGCUGUGAAUUUCUCACUGUCUGUCCUGUGUCCUGUAUGUGUGCUCUGUCUCUGUGUUUUGUUUCCCUUUUUUUUACUUAUGUUCUAAUUCUCACGGAAAUCUAAUGAACAUUGCAUUGGAUGUGUUUAUUCUGCAGUGACUGAAGCACUGUGUAAUGAUGCUGUAAUACAUUUUGUACAUUUUGUAAAAGUAAA